UAUUUGAGGGGAAGAGACAGAGUGGGAGAAUCCCAGAGACCCGUUGGAUUUAAGCUUGAUUUGAUUCAGUUUAUUACCAUGCAAUUAUCGUAACAUAAUAACGGUAAAGUGAAUGUGUCAAAGACUGUGACGAUGUGUAGUUAGCAUUAAGCUAAAAGCAAUUACAGUGGCGAAUUAUAAGUACGAAUAUCGAUGAAGCGUUAUGAAUUAUUAAUAACCAGCUGGUCAUAGUUGGAAUUACGACAUGGCAUCUCGCAGAUGGUUUCAUCCGAACAUAUCGGGUUUAGAAGCAGAGCGCUUAUUAAUGGAACGAGGUUAUGAUAGUUCAUUUUUGGCACGUCCAAGUUCAUCUAAUCCCGGUGAUUUCACAUUGUCUGUAAGGAGAAAUGGUGAGGUAACUCAUAUUAAAAUACAAAAUACAGGAGACUUCUAUGAUCUUUAUGGUGGUGAAAAGUUUGCAACCUUGUCAGAACUUGUACAAUUUUAUAUGGAAAAUGGAGGGCAGUUACGCGAAAAAAAUGGAGAAGUUAUCGAAUUAAAAUAUCCAUUAAAUUGUGCAGAUCCAACAACUGAAAGGUGGUUCCAUGGCCAUUUAUCAGCUAAAGAAGCAGAACGUUUAAUGCUGGAGCGAGGUAAAAAUGGAUCUUUUCUGGUUCGUGAAUCCCAGAGUAAACCUGGUGACUUUGUACUAUCUGUACGCACAGAUGAUCGUGUUACACAUGUUAUAAUACGAUCUCAGGAUAAUAAAUAUGAUGUUGGAGGAGGUGAUAAAUUUGAUAGUCUAAGUGAUUUAAUAGAACAUUAUAAACGUAAUCCAAUGGUUGAAACAAGUGGAAGUGUUGUUCAUUUACGACAACCUUUCAAUGCCACUCGCAUAAAUGCAAGCGGUAUUGAAAGCAGAGUGAGACAAUUACAUAAGGAAAAUGGUUGUUCAAACGGAUGGCUAUGGAAUGGAGCUACAGGUAGCAAUGAAGGUGGAACAGGGCGUGGUAAAGGAAAAGCUGGUUUCUGGGAAGAAUUUGAAUCAUUACAACAGUUGGAAUGUCGUCACUUAUUUUCUAGAAAAGAAGGUUUACGUCCUGAAAAUCGAGCAAAGAAUCGAUAUAAAAAUAUUUUACCAUUUGAUCAUACAAGAGUGCGUUUAAAAGAUGUUGAUCCAAGUAUUCCUGGAGCUGAUUAUAUUAAUGCCAAUUAUAUUAGGGUAAGGUUCGGAUUAAAUUUACUUGUAUUUGAAGGAAAAACUAACAUUCGAUAUUAUAUGUACAUGUUAAAAAAUUUACAGAAUGAGGAAGGAGAUAGUCAAACUAGUGGUAUUAAUGCUGGGGGAGAUAGUGGAUCUUUUAAUAAAUGUUACAUAGCAACACAAGGUUGUCUUCCAAACACAAUACACGAUUUUUGGCACAUGGUGUAUCAAGAAAAUACACGAGUAAUAGUUAUGACCACAAAAGAAAUGGAGCGAGGAAAAAAUAAAUGUGCUCGAUACUGGCCAGAGGAAGGUGAAAUUACAGAAUACGGAGGUGAAUGGAAAGUUCGUGCUUUGUCUCGUACUUCAACGGCAGAUUAUACAUUACGAGAAUUUUUAUUGCAUGGAAGCAAGCCAUGUUUCACAGAGUCUAGAAGAAUUUACCACUAUCACUUUCAAGCGUGGCCCGAUCAUGGUGUUCCAUCAGAUCCUGGAUGUGUAUUAAAUUUCCUUCACGACGUUAAUGCAAGACAAGAAUCAAUUGCUGCUUCUCUUACUUCAAACGGUCAAAGUGUAGCAAGUAUAGGACCAAUUCUUGUACAUUGUAGUGCUGGAAUUGGUAGAACUGGAACAUUUAUUGUUAUUGAUAUGAUUCUUGAUCAAAUCAAGCGUCACGGAUUGGAUUGUGAAAUUGAUAUUCAGAGAACUAUUCAAAGAGUACGUUCACAGAGAUCAGGAAUGGUUCAAACAGAAGCGCAAUAUAAAUUUGUUUAUCUUGCUGUACUACACUACAUUGAAACUGUAUCUCAACGAAUGCAAGCAGAACAGAAAUCUCUUCAUCUAGGUCGGGAAUACACUAACAUUCGUUAUAAAAGUGAAACGAAUGUUACAACUAUGGGCGAUAUACCGGUCCCUGCAUGCACUACAACAACUCUUUCAGCGUCAACACAUUUCACAUUACCUACUUCUAUCAGUAAUUUGAGGCCAAAGUAAUUAUCAUUAGCACCAAAUAUCACCAAAUGUCGACAUUUUAAAAAGCAUAAAAGAGGCUUCGUUACUCUCAUCAGAUCAGAUAUGACUUUGAGCUUUGAUAUUAUUUUCGUAACAAAUUAUGUUAAUUUGUAAACUAAUUGAUUAUUUCUGAUAUUCUUUCAAAAUAUGUUCUAUUGUAAUUAAUCUACAUGCGAAAAAUCUUAUUAUAUUUGAACUUAUGAACAUAUUUUUUGCAUAUACACACGAAUAUAAAAAUAUAAAAAGAUUGCAGUUUCAAUAUAUUGCACUUAAGUUGUUAAAGCAAUCAGUAGUACUCUACAGGUAAAUAUUGUGUUACAACAACAGCAACAACAACAAAAUAAUAUUUUAUAACGAUUUAAGCUCAGCGCUAAAUGACAAAAAGCACUAGAAUGAAAAGUUUCAGUAGUAAUUAUAUUAAGUAUAAUACAGGUAUAUAAUUGCUUUCAUACUAUUAUUUUGCUAUCUAUAUUACGUCAAAUAUUAAUUAAAUAACAAAUUUAUCUCGAUACAGUUAUUAUCAUUCAUGCUUAUUUUUUAAAACUAUCGUGAAUCUUACGAUACGUAUCGAAUUUUUUAGAAUUUUCCUAGCUUCCGAGUUUAAUAUUACAUAUUGCGCCUCAAAAUACAUUGAUAUUUGUUUUUAUUGUGAUUACAUAAUUGUACAAUUUUUUUAGUUAUAUUUAGAACUGACUUUUAUACAGAAUUUUCAUUUUAAUACUUUUUCAAAGAUUAUGAAUAAAAAACAUUUAUUAUUUGUAAAUUUUAUCAUAUUGAAAGGCAGAACAUGCAAAUAUGUGAUACACCCAGUUUCACAUAUAAUAAGACGUGUAUGGACCAUUAUUUUAUUGCAAUUAAUAUUUCUUAAUUUUAGUAAAUGUACUUAAUUACGUUAUAAUUAUUAAAAUUGACCUUGAAAUUUUUUUAAUUUGCAUCAAUCAUUUUUAUACAGUUUUUUUAACUAGUUAAACUAAUUUUCAUAGUGAAUAUUUUUUCAUCGCAUUGUUUAUUGCCAUUAAAGAUAUACAUGUGAUAAUGAUUGUGACAUUUAGAACUAUGUUAUGCGCAUUGUCAUGUAAAAUUAAAUGUUUGAUAUCUUCAUGUUUACUCAUAUGUGAAAUAAUAUAUUUCAUUGAAUAUUAGGACUGUGUUUAUCAAAGUGUAUAUAGUAGAUAAUAAUAUUAAUUAUAAUAGUUAUUAUUAUUAUGUGGUUUAAUGACGGAUUUUAAUAAACACUGUUACAGACAAGCAUACAUAUGUAGAUGUAAUAUUAAAUGAAUGUAUUAUAAAUCAUAUUAAAUAUGUAAUUAAAAGGA